AUGUGUUUCGGCAGUGAACCCAAGCCUAGGACCAAGUACUACUAUCACGAAGAGAUUACACCUUCUAGGCGAUACACAGGCCAUCAUCACCAUCACCACCAUCACCAUCAUCACUCACGCUCUCCCCGAGCAAGCUACACCAGUGUCUCUAGACGGUCCUACAGCCACAGCCCACGAAACAGUGGCACUGUUGUCUAUGAGCGCUAUUGA